ACAGGCGGCGCAGCAACGUAGAUCGUCGCGAAUGGUUUAUUAUAAAAAUUGUGGCAUGUCUUCAAAGAGCACAUCUCAGCAUUCGAGCGCUUACUCUCCAAUCCAACGGCCUCUGAUCUACACUUACUCAACAGGAGCAUUGCCUUAAUUACAUUCUCGACCAUGAAUCCGUAUGAAACGCUUCAAGCGUCGGAUAAUGCUGGAUUCCGUGGAGAGAUACCGCAUACUGUGGAAGAAGAAUGGGCACUGGACGACGAGCAAGAGAGACUACGCACGCGGCAUGACAGCGCUAGCCAGCAGCCCUACCAGCUCGUUGGGACAUCUAUGAUAGAGAACAUUACAACAUAUCUGCCAGCCGUACCGGUACCUCUUCCGUAUCCUGUCAUUAUCCCUCAACGACGACCCGGACAGCGGGUCCGUGGGUUCGUCAGGGCCUAUGCCCCUGAUCUGAUGCGCUGUGGUAUCGAUCAGUCCACUUUUAUGGCAUUCCUCGACGAACUCGACAGGGCCACGGCCGCCUCUCCGUGGAUAAGCGCCGUUAAUCUCGGCUCUGGUAUGGCGGGUCUUAUCCCGUCCGCUAUAGCCCCGCCCAUCGGGCUGGCGGUUCAGAUAACGGCCAAAGUCUACCAAGAGAUGCAGAGUCGCAAAAACCAAAACUCUUUUCUCCUAAAGAUGAAUGACGAAUUCUUCCGACCGCGCGGGCUGUACUGUUUUAUUAUGGCAUAUAAUCCGAAUUCUAGCAGCACACUUUUACAGCAGGAUCUCAACGCCGAAGUUAGUAGUCGUGCCACUGCUAGUAAAUACCGAGGGAAUGAUGGCACGACUGGUCCAGUCGAGUUCCCCGCGUCUGCAGAGUUGAUUUUCCCCUACUUGGAGGAUACAUCUAGUGACGAGGAUAGGGGUGAAAAUAAUGCUAAAAGCGGAUUUUCAAAAGCAUUCGAUGCAUUCAAAGAGCAUCGGGAUCUGAAGGCUCAGAGGAAAUAUCAAAGAAAGAACCCAUCCAGCAUUCUGAAUCCUCUCCUAGACCCCAAGGUUGAGCUCAGGCCAAAGGACCACAGGAAGCAGGAGAAAAGACUUGAGAAGGAUGAGAGGAAACGCGAGAAAUUCGAGCGAAAGCAAGAAAAAAGAGCACGUAAGCAUCCUGAGAAGGGACUGAAAGAACCGCGCAAGAAAUUGCUAAGAAAGGAUAUCUUAUAUAUGAUGAUAAUUAAUAUGCCAUCAGUGCACGAAAUGGAAGAAGCGGUUAGAGUAGUUGGGAAAUCAUGAAUAAAACUGUAGGGUGUUUGGGUAACAUGGAAGGGAAAUAAAAUUACAGGAGCAGGAACAACUAAGAGGAGCUUGCUACUUAUGCCUCGUUCUGUAUUUAAUGACUUGUCUUCCGCCCUGGAAGAUUUGCU